AUGGAGAGGGAGCGGCGCACGCCCUCUGCCGCAACCAGCCUCCACCACCGUCGCCUCCUCACGCUUGUCGAUGCCAUCGGCAGCAGCAAAGCAGUGUGCGGAUGUGGAGAAAGAGGGAGGGGAGAGAGGAGAAUACAACCUCACCGUCGCCCCUCUCUUUUCCACCGCCACCAAGCUUGUCAGCGGCCGCCCGUCGGAGCGAGGAGCUUCCCCUUCCCCUUCUUCCACUCGGACGGCACCAUCAUGCGCCCCUUUGUCCCCCGACACGCCGCCCUCCGCCUUCGGCCCGGUCCUCUCCCGCGACGUGCCGCUCGACGCCUCCCUCACCACCUCCCCAACCCCGUCCCGCCGCCGCCACCGGCAUCCAAGCUCCCCAUCAUUCUCUACUUCCACGGCGGCAGCUUCGUCCUCUUCUCCACUGACAAUGUCUUCUACCACGCCUCGUGCGAGGCCAUGGCUGCGACCGUGCCAGCCAUCAUCGUCUCCCUCGACUACCGCCUCGCGCCCGAGCACCACCUCCCCGCCGCCUACGUCUCUACCGUGCUCUGGCUCUGCGACGCGGCGGCGGGGGACCCAUGGAUCGCCGCGUCGGCGAGGGAGGUCGCGGGUGUAGGGGCCGUCGCCGUCGGGCUUGAGCUAUGGAAUGACCAGUCAUGUUUCUCUGCUGGCACGCAUCCAGAGCUGCAGAAAGAAUCAAGCUUCACGGAAUGGGGCUAA